GACAAUAAUUGGACACAUAACCCACUUCUUGUUUGCACAAGUGAACCAUUCUGUGUUCCCAGUUGAAAGGGAAACCCCAAUAGGUACAGAAUGACGAGUGCGAGUCUUUUGUCGCGUUCCCUGCUAACAGAAGCUCCGCGCUCCAAGAAUCGCUCGGUGUUUACCCUGAUUGUAGGCUUGGUGGCCGGCUACUGCCUGUCUCAAAUCUUCUCCAGCAUUGCGCCGCACGAGAGUCUUUAUCCGUAUCUCAGCAGACGCCUUCGCCUGCCGAGCGAUUCCCAGGGGGCCACCAGUGGUCAAUUGGCUCCGGAGCAGAGCGCGUUGAAGCAUGAUCAUCGCAACGACAACGUCAGCGUGGCCGAGCAACUCAAGAAGGAGGUACGCAUCCUCUGCUGGGUGAUGACCAAUCCAACGAACCACAAGAAGAAGGCUCGCCAUGUGAAGCGCACCUGGGGCAAGCGCUGCAACAUCCUGCUCUUCAUGAGCUCCGGCGCGGAUGAGGAGCUGCCCACCGUGAAGCUCGACGUGGGCGAGGGACGGGAGAAUCUGUGGGCCAAGGUCAAGGAGGCGUUCAAGUAUGUCUAUCAUCACCACUACAACGACGCCGACUUCUUCUACAAGGCCGAUGACGACACUUACGCCGUGAUCGAGAAUAUGCGGUAUAUGCUCUAUCCGUACAAUCCCGAAACACCCGUGCACUUCGGUUUCAAGUUCAAGCCCUUCGUGAAGCAGGGCUACAUGUCCGGCGGAGCGGGCUACAUACUCAGUCGGGAGGCACUGCGUCGCUUCGUGGUCGAGGGCAUUCCCAAUCCCAAGAUGUGCUUGCCGGGCACGGUGGUCAACGAGGACAUCGAAAUCGGGCGAUGCAUGGAGAACCUGAACGUCACCGCCGGCGAUUCCAGGGACGAAAUCGGUCGCGGUCGCAUGUUUCCCUUCAUACCGGAGCAUCACUUGAUCCCGGCCAAGUGGGAUAAAAACUUUUGGUACUGGAACUACCUUUACUACAAGACGGAUGACGGUCUCGACUGCUGCUCGGACUUGGCCAUCUCCUUCCACUAUGUAGCUCCGAACUCCUUCUAUGUCCUGGACUACCUCAUCUACCACUUGAAGCCCUACGGCCUACUGCGUUCCCUGGAGCCUCUGCCGGCUAAACUCAAAGUUGGUCAGUUGCUACCGCCUCCCGUGGUGCGUCCCCUGGCCAGUAACGAGGAUUCCGCCGAUGAUUACGACAGAAUCUAUACGACCACGACCGAAAAGCCAAAGGAGCCCGAUGCGCGGGAAAUGGACUCCAAGGAGGUGGAAAAGGAGGAGGCCAAAUACAGGGAAAAGCUUUCAAAGGAGGCCGAGGAACGCGAAGACAAUGAUUCGGAGUACACUGAAGAGGAAACGGAUAAGCAUUCCAAAUCCAAGGAAACAUCGAAGGAAAAUUAACAUGUAUUGAGUU